GUUACCGCGGAGGUUCCGAUCCCCUCUUCUCGCUUCCUCGCUGGCUUUUGAGUACGACUCGAAAGCGAACUCCGACCCAUCGGAGAGGCGGAAGAGAAGCAUCCAAAGAAUAACCAAGGGGACGAAAGGAGAUCGAAAGAGAGCGAGAAGAAGAGGGAGAGGGAGAGCGAUCGGAGGAGGAGAUGGAGCUUUGCUCCGAAGAAGCGGUGAAGUACGUGUGGGAGGGAGCGAUCCCUCUCCAGAUCCAUCUCCACGAAUCCGAGGUCACCACCCUCCCUCCUCCUCCGCCGAUCCUGGUUUUAGGGUCGCGGAUUGGGUAUCUGCCUCUAUUGGUACCUCUUAUAAAACCUCAUUUCAGCAGCACACUUCCUCCUGGCACUGACUCAGUUUGGUUUGACUACAAAGGCUUACCACUUAAGUGGUAUAUACCGAUAGGAGUUCUCUUUGAUCUUUUAUGUGCAGAACCAGAAAGGCCGUGGAAUCUAACGGUUCAUUUCAGAGGGCAUCCGGGAGAUGUUUUGACGCCCUGUGAGGGUGAAGAUAGUGUAAAAUGGAGCUACAUCAAUUCAUUGAAAGAGGCAGCUUACAUUAUUAAUGGGAACUGUAAGAAUAUCAUGAAUAUGUCUCAAGCUGAUCAGUUUGAGCUCUGGCAAUCAUUGGUAAAAGGUAACAUGGAUGACUUUCUUCGAAUCUCAUCUAGGCUUAAGCUUGGACCACUUGGGGAGGACUGCAUGGUCAGAUCAGGUUCAUCCUUGGUACAACCUCGACAGGCUAUUGGUGAACCUGAUUUCACUGGAUCUGGCAGACCAUGCAGAAUUCCAGUUCGUUUGUAUGUGCGGAAUAUUAGCGAAGAUCUUGAUGACUUAGAGGAUGCAGUUCCAAUUGAUUGUUGGGACAGAAUCUCGUAUAUAAACCGACCAGUUGAGAUUCACAAGGAAGAAGGCCGCCUAAGUUUAAAGUGCGCUAUGAAAACCUUACUACCAGAAAUCUUUCUUGAGGAGUCCCUGGUCAACAACCAUGAGUUCUCGAGGGAAGGGGAAACUGUUGGAGCUGAUUCAAGCUAUGGGGAUUCGGAAACCAUAGGUGGCUUGCGGAAUGCUCAAGCUGAAGAAAUACCAUUUCCUGGCCAGGCCCAUGUGCAGCUGUUGAAGAAGUCUAAAAUUAAGAUGAUCCGUAUCCAAGGAAUCGAACUGGAUAUGGAUAUUCCAUUCUUUUGGGUGGUUAACAACUUGAAGAACCCUGAAUACUUCCUUCACAUCUGUGUAUUUAUGGGGACAUCCUCAGAUCAAUCCACAAUCAGAUGACAUCUUGUGGUCCAUGCCCUUAUUCAGAAAAAGAACAAGUCUUCUAUUGUUAAUUUGUGGAGCCAAUUCUAACACAUUAUUUAAUGCUGUACAAAUGUAAAUAGAUAGUUGUUUCUGUUGAACUGUAGGCAUGUUCACAUAAAUAUCAAUGGAGGUACUUUCAUUUUCAAAGUGAACCAAAAAAAUAUGUCCGAGAUUACAUUCUUUUAGCUCCCUGAUGUCUUAAUAAAGCUUGCAGGCAGAAUUUUACAAAUCAGCAGGGAUAGAUGGAACGAAAUCUGGCUUGCUUUCCAUCAUCACAAAUUCAGCAGCAGUCCCGUGUCACUUGCAGCUAAAUCUGUUUCAGACGCAUUCUGCAGAAGGAACUGUGCAAGUGGUUGCACUUGGAAAUGGAUUCAUGGAUUUUUCAUAUCACACGAUGUGCUAAGUUGUUAAGCUCACAAAGCAAAGCAGUUGUCUAGCUCACAAAGCAAAGCAGUUGUCUCUCUCCAGAUUACAAGAUAUGUCACCAGGUCAGUUCGGGAAGGGUAAUUGGGCAUAAAAGCACCUGAGCUGGUUUUUUAUUGUAUCACCUGAAUAUUGUUUGUAACAUGGACUGAAGUUUCAUUCCGCGAAUGCUGCCCUCUUAUCCUCUGCAAUUACCACAAUAAAGAUGAAUAUCGACAUGUCUAACCAUGGUGAGUCACAGUGGCAAGCGGUCGACGGUGAAGCCACUUUUGGACGUUGGAACCUGAUGCAGAUGAUGGCAUGAUCUUUUAAAAUUUCCUGUAAUCUUGGGUAUAUAAACAGAAGCAUGUCUACCUUCAUGUGCACAAAAUAGUGUAUGUAGUUAACAUUUCUAAAAUGUUUGAAAGUAUUUACUUGCUUUCCACCAUAACUAUUUGAUUAUCA